AAGGGAAUGUACCACAUACCGGAAGUGACACGGAAGUGAUGAGCGUGGUCUUUUCGUGUUGUUGUUGUGGAGUUUAUGGCGUCAAAGAAGUUUAUGGUGACCGCCCGAACAUGGACUGCGGCCGAGGGAUGUUUUGCCCGUUUUGUGGCAAACACAUGAACAGCUUAACGCGGUUUUGCUUUACGUGUGGUCGGUGUUUGGAGUUUUUAAAGGACGCGGACAAGACGGAAACAUUGGAAACACAGGGGACGUCUCGACAGCCGGACAGUGCUAUGCAAACAGAACAACCAUGCCCAUCAUACAAACAGUUCAUGGAGUACAGAAGCUCGAAAUCAAAAGAACGACAGUCUUUUACCUAUGGGCCAAAAGGAAGAUAUAGGCCUAAAGAAAGAAAACACGUCCAGAUAAACGUAGGAUUGAUGGUGCCAAAUGGAACUGAUUUAAAACCUCUAAGAGGGAAAACACUACCGUUAUUUACAGACCCAGAGGUAGCAGCACCUGAUCUACUGAAACAAGCUGUCCAGAAAAUGACAACAUUUAACAAGGACAUGCACGAAGGACCUUAUGUCCUUUUGUAUCCAGACUGCUCAGAGGUGGUUCAUGUGCCUGGGUCAGAAAGGCCAUUCAAAUUGGCAGAAUAUAAAAAGGAAAUAGGAAAGGCAUAUUCCAGGAUCACUUUUUACAUUUGCCUAGAAAAACACCAUAAAAGAGUGGAUGAUACCUCAGACUCUGAUUCUGAAAUUGUCAUCACAACAAGGAGCAAAGCUGAACUCAAUCGUGCUGACACUUUGGUUUUUGAACCACAAAAUCGAAGUACUCCCAAACACAAGCUGGACGAUGAAAGAGAUGCACCAGGACAAUCAACAAUUCAGCCAGGACAGAUAGUAAUAUCUGAUGCUGAGGAUCUGGAUCCACCUGAAGCAAAUCCAGAAAAAAUGUCUUGCUACAGUAAAUACACAGACCUGUUUUCACCAAAUGUUGAGCCGGAGGACGAAGAGCCGGUUGCUGUCAAUGCGAAGAAUUUCCAACACACAGCAAUGGAGGAGACGGACAUUGCAUUACCUGACAUCGUAGCAAACUUGUCUCUUCCUAUUGAUCAUAAAAAAGUCAGCCGGUUUAACAUCUCAAGGGCUAAUGUUUGGGAUGGGGCAGUCAGAGGUUUCAAGCGUACAACAUAUUCUGAAACCUGUGACAUGCUGGUGAAAUUUACUGAUGAUACUGGUGUUCUGGAAGAGGGAAUUGACACUGGUGGUCCAAGACGAGAGUUUUUAACUCUACUGAUGAAACACCUAAAAGACCGGCCCAUUUUUGAUGGACCAGAAGGACAUCGGUUCUUGGUCUACAAUGCAAAGGAUUGAGAAUGCUGCUUCAUUGGAUGCUCUGCAAGAAUGUAUGAUGAGACACAGCACAAUGUUACAGACAGCAGGUUGUCUGAGACAUGUUGCUACUGUGGAAGAAAAGAAAGGAAUCGUGUCAGACUACCUCCAAUGGUAUAUUAUUGACCGCAACUCAUCUGUAAUUGACAGAUUCAGAGAUGGUCUUUCAACCCUGGAGUUUUUGACUGCACUACAGCAACACCCUACUUUGCUGGCCCCUGUCAUGUGCCACUCUGAAAGGCGACUCACUGCUUUUGAACUUGAGAGACUCUUCAAACCUGACCUCAGUCCUUCGGGGAGUAAUCGAAGACUUAAAGAAAGUCAAACCAUGGCCUACUGGGCAGACUAUCUCCUCGAUUGUGAAGAAGGCCAGGCUGCUGUGUCUGUGGAAGAUGUUUUGAUGUUUGCUACUGGGCUGUCUUCACUUCCCCCAUCUGGCUUGGAACCACUGCCACAAAUAGAGUUCCUGGAUGACUCUGCGUUCCCAAUGGCAAAUACAUGUUCAAACUCCUUGAGAUUACCACUCCUAGACUCAUACACUUUGUUUAAGUCACAAAUGGACUUUGGAAUUCAAAAUAGUCCAGGAUUCGGCUGUUUCUAAGCUAUAUGAUGGAUGACCCCUAGAGUUAAGACUCUGAAAAAGUUGUUGUUGUUAAAGGUUAGGGUUGGGCAUCAUUUAGAUUUUAACGAUUCUGAUUCCAAUUCCGAUUCUUCCUUUUGAUUCCGG